AAUUGAUUUGUUUGAUCGUCAGGUUUCCCGAGAAUUCUAAAUGUUGAAGAUGCCUGUAUACUUAACAAAAGGACCUUCUAACUGAGAUUCUUGAGUUGAUCAUUUCAUUUUUGUACUGUAACUAUUAUAUAGUUAUUUAGCAAUGCCGAAACGCAAAUGGGAUGAUCACUCAAGUAACUGCUCCUGUGAUAAUGAAAACCAAACUGCAGAGAUCUUGAAGUUCCCCGACAACGUCUUGUUGCUUGUGUUCGCUCACUUGGAUACUGCUUCUUUGAUAAAGGCAUCGAAGGUUUGUAAAAAAUGGUAUACACUUUCAAAGGACUCGUCUUUGUGGAGAAAGCUAGAUAUUCGUUCGAUUCCUAAGGCAUUAUCGCAGAAAAGUCUAUGGCGGCUGUCAAGAGCCCGGUUUACAGCAGCCCUCAGAGAGCUUCAUUUACGUGGUUCCGUUGGACCAACAAGGGCAAUAUUAGAUUCAAUUACGAUUCCGUUUCUUGACGAUUUAAAAUUGCGCUGCCCAAACUUGACUGAUCUCACGUUGGAAAAUUACGAUCUUCGCCACAACGCGAUGAGCAUUUCAGUUCUUCCUUCGCAGCUGUCUUAUUUGUCUUUGAAAGAUUCGAUGCUGGCCCAUGGUUGGUUUGAGAGCCUCAAAAACAACACUUUCAACAUGGAUAACCUGAAGUACCUUGAUCUGAGCAACUGCACAGCAGUUAGCAAUACGGACCUUGAAGCACUGUCGUAUUUGACCAAGCUUCAUACCUUACUGCUUUACAACUGCUAUAGGAUCUCUGCAAGGGGCAUCCCAACAAUAGCUGCCAAUUUACACUGUCUGACCCACUUAGAUGUGGCUUGCUGUCCUGGAAUUAAUGACGUGGCACUCCAUUACUUUGGAAGAAACCUGAAUGAGCUGAAGAAAUUGAAUUUAAGGUUCUGUCAUCAUGUAACAGACAGUGGUAUUGCUUCUCUUGUGUAUGGUGCCAAGGGUCUAGAGCACCUUGACUUGUUCAGUUGUCAUGAAGUAACAAAUGAAAGCCUGAAGAAUAUAUCGAAAUAUUCAAAAAAACUCAAGUAUCUUGAUGUGAGAAGUUGCAAAGUGACAACAGAAGAGGUAAUGGCACUCUGUUCAGCACUGCCACAAUGCAAUGUAAUAUAUGUAGAGGCAAUGACCGUGGCAACCCUGGCUUGCAAUGCAGGUCACCAGUGUGGAUCAUCUUCAUUCUAAAAGGAAUUACAUUUAAUGUAAACCCCAUAAAACUUGACAAUAUUGGACAUAUUUGAAGUCAAGCACACUAAAACCUCUAAACUAUUUGAAUUUUAUUUGGAUUUGUAAUGCAGACUAUGAGACACUGUAGCAAUGUAAAUUUUUUCUAAAUAUUGACAAUCCUGGAAAAUUAUUUCCCAAAUAUUGGCUGUAAAUAUGACACAAAAUGUUGGAAACAGUGUGUGAAGCAGCUCAAAUUUGCUACUGUGCCUUGUCAUGCACACGUUCAUUUUCUUGUACAGUUUUUCAAAGUUAUUGUAUUUGUAGAAUAGAAACAAUAGGAAUGCCAUUUAUUGGAAUUCUGAACUCUUUAUACUGGAAAGUAAAUGUGUAGUAUUUGUAGAUGGUAGUUAUUUACUAGUCACAGACUGUGUAGCAUACAUAUUAAGUAAAACUGACGUGAGUAGCUGCAUUUCACAUUCCUUCUUGGAAAAAUGUACCUUUGGUAAAAGGAUUUGAAAAGACAUGAUGAAGGGGUAGGUAUACCCAAAGAUGCCUAGUCAUGUUUUCUAAGCUUGAUUACUAUUAAUUUCCUUGAGACAGAUUCAUGAAUUUACUUCAUACUGAUCUAAUGGAUCAGGCCUUGUAAGGAGAAAAAAUCAGGCACUUGACAAACCGAGCACCUUCAUCUUUCAAGGUGCUCAGUUGAGUAUCAUCAAAUAUCAUUAAUAACAAAAUUUGGGUUUACACAUUUGUUUUUAGACAGCAUAAACAUGCUAGGUGCUCAAUCAAUCAAGCUCCUAGAACUUCAUAGGCAUGUGUAGAGGUGCUUGAUCGAGCUCAAAUGCCGAUACACCUUGACUUAAUGCCUUGUAGUUGAUGUGUAACCGAUCUUGAUAAUGUAUUUAAAGCCUCAAGGAUUUUCAAUUGUAUGAGUGUAGGGUUUUAACUGAUUGAAAAAUAAUUUCUGUAAAACUACUGACA